GCCUCGUCCACUUGGAGGGGCGUUGGGUUUCCUGGAGGAUCUUGGUGAGGUUUGGUUCAGUCAAGGCUCUCAGAUUUGCACAGGACACAUCCAACCAUGUCGGACGCGGUGGUUAGUUUCAUGAAGGACUUUUUGGCAGGUGGUAUUGCCGCUGCCAUCUCCAAAACAGCUGUUGCUCCCAUUGAGAGAGUCAAGUUGUUGCUGCAGGUCCAGCAUGCCAGUAAACAGAUCACCGUGGAGACUCAGUACAAGGGCAUCAUGGACUGUGUGGUCAGGAUUCCGAAGGAACAGGGCUUUGUGUCCUUCUGGAGAGGCAACCUGGCCAACGUGAUCCGUUACUUUCCCACCCAAGCCUUGAACUUCGCCUUCAAAGACAAGUACAAGAAGAUCUUCCUUGGUGGAGUGGAUCAGAAAACACAGUUCUGGCGCUACUUUGCUGGCAACCUGGCAUCCGGUGGUGCCGCUGGUGCAACCUCUCUUUGCUUCGUCUACCCUCUCGACUUCGCCAGAACAAGGUUGGCUGCUGACAUUGGUAAAGGCACAGCUCAGAGAGAGUUCUCUGGUCUGGGAAACUGCCUCAGCAAAAUCUUCAAAACAGACGGCCUUAAGGGUCUUUACCUUGGAUUCAACGUGUCUGUCCAGGGCAUUAUCAUUUACAGAGCAGCCUACUUUGGAUGCUUCGACACAGCCAAAGGCAUGCUGCCAGAUCCAAAGAACACGCACAUCGUGGUGAGCUGGAUGAUUGCCCAGACCGUCACAGCUGCAGCUGGUCUCAUCUCAUACCCCUUCGACACCGUCAGACGUCGUAUGAUGAUGCAGUCUGGACGCAAAGGGGCUGACAUCAUGUACAAGGGCACAAUCGACUGCUGGAGGAAGAUCCUUAAGGAUGAGGGAUCAAAAGCCUUCUUCAAGGGUGCCUGGUCCAAUGUGAUCAGAGGCAUGGGCGGUGCCUUUGUGUUGGUGCUGUACGACGAGAUCAAGAAGUACACAUACUAAAUGCAGCAAAUCUCCCGGUCCCAGAGGAAACCCUUCACUUUGUCUAAGUCUUAAUCCAUCUGAUAGAACGAUAACAGCCUGUGGUGAAUAACAAUGUGGGCAUGUGCUCCUGCAGAGCGGCCGCCCGGGAAAGAAAAGGUACAUGUGACAUGGGUGAACACACAUUUGUACACAUGCAAUCAUACAGUGAACAGGGCCACAAACAGACUCUCAGUGUGCCAAAGUCCAGCCGGUGGUUCAGUGGAGAAAUGAUGACGCAAAGAUGAAACUUCACUACAUACGCCCCUCAUGAAAGUUUGGUGAUGCAGUUGCUGAGGCCAUGUAUUGUUACGUUGUGACCACACUCUGAUCUAUGUUGUUUUAUUAAUAAAGAUUUAUUAGUCUA